CCUGACUUGCUGCUUUGGCGAAGGUACUCUGCACGCAUUGUCGCGAGCAAUCGUCUAUCUCAUACCUCUGUCGCAUGCACAAAUGGCCCCUCCUCCCGCCCAGCAGUGCCCCGCCUCGCGUGCAAUCGAAGUCUCAAGGUUCCGACUUUAGCUCUUGCACCGCUUGCUCUCCCCGUCCUGCACUAUCACACAUAUAUAUAGAGCACCAAAAUGGCCCUACCCAAGCGAAUCAUCAAGGAGACGGAGCGCCUGAUGGCCGAGCCUGUGCCCGGUAUCAGCGCCAUUCCUCACGAGGAUAACCUCCGUUACUUCGAUGUCGAAAUCCACGGGCCCGCUAGCUCUCCCUAUGAAGGCGGGAUAUUCAAACUCGAGCUCUUCCUUCCCGAAGACUACCCCAUGACUGCGCCCAAGAUUCGGUUUCUCACAAAGAUUUUCCAUCCCAACGUUGACAAGCUUGGCCGCAUCUGCCUUGACGUCUUGAAGAAUAACUGGUCUCCUGCUCUUCAGAUCCGAACAAUCCUUUUGUCGAUUCAGGCUCUUCUGGGCGCCCCCAACCCCGAUGACCCUCUGGCCGACGACGUAGCCAAGCAUUGGAAGGCUGAUGAACAGGCGGCUAUUGAAAAGGCCAGGGAAUGGACAAGAACAUAUGCACAGCCUCAGCCUCAGCCGGCUUCAUGAUGGACACCAGGCAGGCAUGGAGCGGAGCGGAGACGAGAAAUACCAUGGGAAAUGUUCAGGUGAACUUUGAUAGGGUCGCAAGCGAUGUUUUCGUGUUACAGGUAUAGGCCGACACGGUUCCACGUGCAACAUUCUUCUUUGACGCAUCAGUGCCGGGCAGCGCUAUACCACCGCCGGAGCCUACAGAACUACCUGUACUUAGUAUCACAGCGGUUCCAGCAUUGGAACUGGCUUGCUAGGAUAUGGUCACGGCUUUGUACAAGCGAAGCUCCGCUCCACGAGGCUCAUACAUGCACCCUUCGCGGAAAUCAAAGUACAAGGAGCGUCACAGGCAAAUGCACCAUUUUUAGAGAUACAA